AUGCAGGGCUUGUCAGGAACAGUUUCUAAAGCUCUCGAUGACUCGGACCUGGGAGAACCUUCGCACAAUGCAACGGCUUUGAUCGAAGAUUGCACAUCACCGGGUUUCAGAACCGAUGAAGUCGUUUUGAAUGGACCGGAUAAUUUGAAUUUUCUAGAAGUUCAGAAGUCUGAUGGCGUUUUUGAAAUCACAACCACCGAGAAAGAGUCCCCUCAAUUACCGGUUAUACAUGAACUAGGACAAGAGACGAGCCCCGGCGCGAACAUUCUCGAGAGCUUCAACUCUUUAGCUCAGCAAAUUCCCAGCAUUUGGUCUUUCGAGUACCAGAUGGGCCAAGAUACAUACAGUACCGCUAUCAUAAAUAGCGAAGAAUCAUGCCUGGUGCUAGGAAAGGCGUGGACAGAGUCGAACUCACCAUUCUCGGACCACAUCAGUGUUCUUCAACGGCUCAUGAAGAGCAAAAUCGAGCAUAAAAUUAAGUUACCUAGCCAGACCAGUAGUUUGUCAGUGCCUGUCAGAUAUUGCACCAAUUGCGGAGGCAACCAGGCAUGGAAAGCUAACGCCACUUAUAGAUUCUAUCAAGAGGUCCUCAUGGUACUCGCCUUAUUCAACAGCAUGACCCGACCAGAUGUCAUGCGCUGGUACGCAAAAACACGAUUCUAUCACAUUGUCAAUUUGACAGCCUGGCAAAUCAUGCCGUGCACGAGAACCUUCAACGCCAUACAUCCACAAUACAAGCCUACUGCAUUACAACUUCAAACAGUCUACCCAAAAGUCAUAGACUGGAUACCUUUCCCAUCAAUUCGCGAUCGUCUAAUCCAACUACACUCGGCGAAUCCAAAAAUCGAUCAAAUAUUCUGCGACACCGUCAGCAGUUACGUGGUCGAAACCUGGAUGUCGGAUUUGAUUGAGGGGGCUCCAAUGAUAAAAGCCUAUGUUCGCGUCACGGAUCUUGUGCCGAAUAUCGAUUCAUCGCCGACAACUGAUGCGGACAGCUUCUCACUUGGUGUCAGCCUCCCUGCUCCAGACGUGGCCACCCUCUUCUCCUCUUCAGAGUACUCCCGAGCGGUGUUUAGUUACCUGAAGAUGGACAGGGAUGUGUCCAAUUACAAACUUGAUCCUGCGUUCUUUGCGAGUUAUCCCGAAUUAUACGAUCAUAAUGCCAAUAUCGCUGCAGAGGGUAUCCCGUUGCGACCGGAAGUUCAAACUCAAUUGACCUGGCCGAAACCACUCGAGUCGCAGACAUUCCAGACAUAUCGGUACUUUAUUGAUUUUGCCUAUGAUUCACCACUAUGUGUGUCAGGGGUAGCGGGUUGA